CACAGUAAAGCUGACUCCUGACCAGCUUGGACUUGGAAUUGACAACAGAGUCGUGCGCCGUGCAGCCAGUUACAGUUAGUUGACACUAAUACGGGUUGAACAAAAAAUACGAAAAACUAAAAUAAAAAAAUAUUUAUUAAAAAAAAAGUAAUUUAUAUAAAGAAAAUAAAUUCGAUAUAAAACUGGAUAUAAAUAAGUAAAGCAAAAGACAAAACCAAAGCGAGUUCCACUUUUCGAAAAGUGCGUGAGUGUGUGCAACUGUGUGUGUGUGUGUGUGCGUGAGAGAGUGUUAAUAGCAGCUAAGCCACCUGCAAGAACUGCAACACCUUCUCCCCGGCUCUGUUAGAAGAGAUGGCGCUCAGUGCAGCCUGGAGCUGCGCCUUGGCGCUGCUUGCAAUGCUCUGCGCUCUGCCCGCCGCCACGCAAGCGGACUAUCCCGGCGUCAUCGAGCUGGUGGGCUACAGCAAUAGGCGUGCGCGCACCCACUUCAUGGAGAGCCCCAGCUAUCCCACCUUGGCGCCGCCAGCGUCGAAGACACGCGCCGACAUCGAAACCGUUAAGCGCAAUAUGAAGAAAUACGAUCGUCUGCUGGAGUUGGAUACGAAGAAUUUGCCCGAGCCGCAGAAGGAUAUGCUGGCCAGGAUUGUGGAGCGUGUGGCCCGGCUCAAGGAGACGCUGGACAUUGAGGAGCAGCAGCUGAUACAGCAGGAGCAAACCUCGGCGAGGAGCAACAGUGGCAGCACCACCACCAACAACAACAACAACAGCAGCACCAGCAGCACACAGCAGCUGUCCACAGAGGAGGCCGAGGGCAGCACAUUGCCCACCACCGGCUAUACCGAAGCCGAAACGGAUCCCACACUGCUGCUGGACGAGACCACGCUGCUGGAGCUGCAGAAUACCAUGAAUGAGCAGGCGGCGCUGCAGGCGGAGGUCACGGCCCAGACCAUGCUCAUGAAGGAGCUGCCCACCACAACCGAUGUGAGCGAGAUGGCGGCAACCACGCUGGGCAACAGCGCCGAGGACACCCAAUCCACCGAGCAACUGGAGCAGGAGCAAGAUGAACUCGAAUCGGAGCAGUCGACAACGAGUGGCGAUGCUCUGACCGAUGCCACCGAUCCGGAUGAUCAGUUUGUGGCCGCACGCUCGAAUAACAAUAUCGCUGCGAUCACAGCAGCCGAUCCGGAGCCCAAUACCAGCACCACCUCGAGUGCGGGCAACCAACGCACGCUGAGCACCAUGGGCAAGCACAAGAUUCGACCCACCAAGCGACCCUUUGGCCACAAGGUGGCCGCGGCACUGAAACGUGGCCCACAGCAGCGACCCGGCAGUGUCAGCGCCGCAGCCGCGAAUGCAGCGGCCCAGUCAAAGCCGCCCACAAAUACGGCCAACAAGAAGCAGAGUGGCAGCACCAGCAGCUAUCAGAAGCUAUCGACCAAGCCGCAGCAGCAGAAGGUAACGCCAGCUGGCUCCACCCAUUCGGCCACCAUGACAACUGCCAACUCGCCCGCCCCCGCCCUGCCCAUAGAGCAGCUAUACACGCGCACGCCCCAGGCCAAUAUACCACUUGCUGCAGCCAGCUCCUCCUCAGCAGCAGCAGCAGCAGCAGCGGCAGCACCCAGCGAUGCCAUGGUCUAUGAUGCGCAUGUGAAUGCCUCCGCAUUGAUAGACAGUCUCAAUACGCAUGCGCGCGAGGAAUACUAUCAGCAGAAACUCAACAGCAACAGCAACAGCAACAACAACAACAAUAAGGAUAAUAAGAAGACAGCGACAGCGAAGCCCACCAAAUAUCAUUAUUAUCCACACAAUCAACACAUCUAUCUGCUGCCCGAAUGCGCCAUCCAGCAGGUCUGCAAUGCGGUCUAUGUCCGUCUCAACUAUACCCAGCCGCUCUGCGCCUGUCCAUCAAGAUAUCGUGAUCCCUGCUCGGCCAGCCUCAACGAAGAUGAUCAGCACACCACCAAAUUGGUCGGUGAUAAUAAGAAGAAGGCAAUUACGCUGGCCAAAACGUGCGAGGCAACAACUGAGAUGCGCGAAUGCCGUUCACCCAAGGAUUGGUCCCUGUUGGCGCUGCAAAACACACGCACUGGCAAAUCGCACUAUCUUGUCAUAUGCCGCUGCCCGGAUCACUUCAAAAUGGAGGGACCCAUGGCUCAUGAUCAGCCCACCUAUGCGAGCGUGCCCGGAAUCCGUGUCUUUGGCAUGAUGUGCGUCAAGCCGGGCUACUCGGUGCGCAAGCCCAGUGUACAGCCGCCCAAGCGCUACCAGCUGCAGAAGCCCUUCUAUCGUCCAGGCGGUAGCAGCAGCAACAAUGGCGGCAACAUAAUGGGCGGACAGAAGGACAGCUAUGGCAGACCCAUUUACGGCGGUCUAUCCGGCGGUCAGGUGGGCAGCUCAGCCAUCAGCGCCAACUAUCAGCCACAGGAUCAAAGCUUCCAAAACGGCGGCGGCAGCUCUUAUCAGUAUCUAAAUCGACCGGAGAGCACACACAAUACGCACAGCAGUGCGGCUAACUUCCGACCGGAUCAAUUCUCACUCAACGGUUUCCCGGGCAGCAAUUACGGACGCAACAAUGAGCGACGCGGCGAGGCGCCGCCCAUCGAAGCAGCUGCCGAGGAACGCGAUCAAAUGCCCAGUGGCAGCAGCAGCACACAGUCGAGCGAUGAGGCAGAGGCACGGACUACGCUCCAGGCGGAGCAGAGCGAAGCAACUACGGCGGAGUUGACGACACAGCCGGAGCCGACGAGCCGUGUUAAGCGAUCGCUCGAUGCGCUGGAUGACUACGAGCCCGAGUUUCCCUGGGAUCGUGUGCUCGAGUUUCAACAGAGCAUUGUCUGGGACUAGAGGCAAACCCUAAGCUGAAGCUUAAGUAGUAAAACAAUUUUGAAUGGGAUUAUUUCCGGAAUACUCUGCAACCUACUGUGACUGAAGCUAAACGAGGAUCGCGAUCAACUUGAUUGUGCCCAGAGAUAGAUAGUGAGCGGAAGGGAGAGAGCGAGAGAGAUGGGUUCAACGACUACAUGACAGAGAGGCGAUUUUACGUAACGUAACGCAUAACGUAACGUAACGUAACGGAUUUACAAUUAGACGCUAAGCAUUUAACUUUAAGCAUUUGAAAUGGCAUUUUUCGAUCUUAAGCUGAUCGCCUAGCAAACCUUCCUUAAUUUAUAACAAAUACUCGUAUUUUGUAUUUAUUUAAAUGAGAAACAAAAAACAAUUACGAAUUAAUUAAACAAUUAUGCGCCCACGCCCACGCCCGAACUAAUUGUUUAAUUAAUUUGUUUUGCAUAUCGAAAACCCAAAAUAUGGCAUCAAUUCCAUUUUUUAAAUAAAAUAUUUAACAUAUUUAAACAUAUCUUAAUUAAACAGUGAAGCAAAUCAUUUAAAUUAUAAACAAAACAAAAAGAAAAUAUUUAUAAAUUUAGUUGCCUAUUUAUGUUAGAUCUAAGCUGCAUUUACUAGUAGUUAAAUUAAAA